AUGUGGAACAUUUCAGAUGAGGUGAAACCGUCCAACCGGGCCCAUGUCCAGUCGCUCAAACGAAAAAUUGCUGCCGCCUGCCCACCAGUUCUACCGAAAAAGCGGCUAUCCGUCAUCCACCGAUUGAAUUGCUUUCUUCAGUUAUGGUUACUCAAAAUAAUAGCCGCCACUUAUUUCUUUGUGAGACGUCUGUUUAUAAAUUCUCCUUUCGCUAUUCGUCCUACACUGGUUAAACGAUAUACAUGUCGCCUGACACUGGAGGUACGGAUUUUCUUCCCGCCAGAUUACGAGGGAAACAGUCGAAGUUUGCUGCCACUCUAUUUCAACAUUCAUGGAGGGGGCUUUGCUGUUUGUGAUGCACAAAUAGAUGAUCGCUUCUGUACUUCUUGGGCAAAAAGAACUGGGAUGCUUGUAGUCAGUUUGAAUUAUACCAAAGCUCCUCUAAACCCCUUCCCCGCCGCUUCAUAUGACAUUGCAGCCGUCAUUAAAGAAGUUCUCGAGGAUGCAUCUCUACCUGUUGACAAAUCACGUGUUGCAAUUGGUGGAUUCAGCGCAGGAGGCAACCUGGCACUCUCGGCAACACAACUCCCAUGGCUCAAAGGCAUCAUCAAAGCGGCGGUGGUAUAUUACCCUAUUGUCGAUUUCAGCCAUCCACCCGAUGUCAAGCUAGCAGCGAAACCUUACACAAAUAGCCCACCAGAUACGUUAGAAAAGUCCUCGUGGAUUUUCGACUGGGGAUACGUAUCGAAUGGGCAGAAUAGACGAGAUCCGUUGUUGAGCCCUUGCUAUGCUAAACGUGAAGACCUCCCGCCGUGGAUUUACAUGGUUGGUGCAGAGUGGGAUAUGUUGCGGUUGGAAGCACAAGUGAUGAUUCAUCAUCUGGCGGGGUUAGUAAAUGAAGAAGAUCCAAUGGUUGAUGCCUUUGAGAAAGGUAAUUACAAAUGGACAGUGGCCAAAGGCUGCUCACAUGGUUUUACGCAUGAUCUCGGUGGUGGGUCGCCAGAUAUCCAAAAGAGAAGGCAGACAUGCGAGAUGAUCUAUCAAGAAGCAUAUGAAUGGCUGGAAAGAAGUGUCUUGGGAUGUCAAGAUGGAAAAUAG